GCCACCCAAAAUCUAAUUCGUGGAAAAUGAAAAUCUCUGGGAUUUGAGGUCCAGGGAAGGAUAAGCCCAGAGUGGCCUGACAGAAGCACGAAAGGAGGGGGAUUUUGGUUUCAGCGACUCCUUCUCUGGGACGGGUACCUCUGAGCCAUGGUGCUCAAACUUUGCUUAAUGGCCUCUCAUGGUUAUCCUCCAGGGCUUGUCUCACAGCAUGAGCUAGUAGGGUUGGGCGGCAGUCUGAAGGGUUUUCAGCCAUUAUUGUCCUCACCCGUAACAAAACCAGAAAUUAUCAGAUAUUCUUCUCCUGCUCUAAGGCCAAAUCCAUGUGGGGAAUCACGGAAAUCCCAAAGCGAAUGCUUCAAUUCCAGUCAGUCUGUCAAUAUUGACCUACCAGCUCAAAGGCCCUUGCCUAAUGAUGUCCAAGCAACCUGCCCAGAUGCAGUACUUUUUGGCUUUGGAAUUGUUGAAAAAUGCACUAAGCAUGACAAAAUAGUGCAGUUCCUUAAGUCCAGUGCUUCUGAAACAGAGAUAAGUGAAGAGCAUAGGUCUUUGAUGUCUGACUCAAUGGAUUUUCAGCUGCUGGGAACUGAUGUGCCUCAACAGCCUUUUUCAACUUCUCUUAUCUAUCCAAAUAGCAAAAUUGAUAUCCGGAGGAUUUUGUUAGAAUUUAUUGGAGAUUCUGCCUUUUCGCCGGACAUUUUAGUUCAUCCUGAAGAUCUUGUCUCAUUCUUGGGCGCUGGGAGUGCGAUGAAGGAUUUCCUUUCUAUAGUUGCUGAAUCAUACCUGUCAAAAAACUCACACAAGGGAGAAAAGCAUUCUCUGCUUGUUCCAUACUUCAGUAGGCUGGAUAUCAAUGAAGCAGAGGCCAGAACUCAUACCUCCCUGUCAAAGACUCAAUCUACAUUGACUGCUCCUUUGAAGAGCAGUCCUGAGAAAUUCAAGGUGAAGCCAUCAUCAAAGAAGAAGAAGAAAGUCGGGAGGGAGAGGGAUCUCUACAAAAGGAAUUAUUUGCAUGCAUGUGAGAGUCUUCUGUCUUUAAUGAUGGACACAAAGCACCGCCAAAAAACGGCAAUUCAUUCGCUGAAGAAAGCUGGCCCUGAACUUCCUGAGCUCCUUUCUCAGUUUAGUGCAGGCAUUGCCGGGACUGGCCUGGCGGUCCUCUUAUCUGUCAUAUGGAAGGUGGCUUGUGGAAGAGUACCCUUCUGUGCAUCUAAGCUUUUCACCACCGGCUUUGGAUUUGGACUGGUAUGGCUUUCAUGGGCUGUCAAUAAGCUAAGGGACACAAUUAUUGGCAUCAGCAAAAACACAGGAAGAUUGGGUUUGAAAGAAUCAUCGAAUUUAAAAGAUCAGGAGAUUAUUCAGAAGCUGGAUAAGAACAUAAGAGAUAUUUACUUCAGAAGUGCAGCAUUGCUAGCUGUGGCAGUGCUGAGCGUCGCUUGAGCAUUAUCUCCCAAGGUGAGGAUACAAUUUGCUUGAAGAAAAGAUAAUGCCAUGCCAUCCACUGGGGAGUGCUUGGAACUACCCUCGGGGUCUGCAGGUCCAUCUUGACAUGAUCUUGAAGGUGCUAGCUUAUGCAUGCCAUCCAUCUAGUUUUGGUUAUUCUAGCCCACAGCAUAAGCAUGGUUGGUAUGCUGGUAAGGAACACUGUAUAGCAUAAUGUAGACAUUUGCAAUGGAAAUAAAUGACUAAGUUGUUGAAAACCUCUUAGUAGUUUUUGUCAUUUAACGUGCCAAACUUUUUGGUUUGGAUGAUGCCUCUGUUUAA